AGAAGUGCAAAAGUAAUCCUUAGUUGCUUAUUUUCUCGAAAUCUAAAGGCACAACCUAGAUUCAAGCCAAUGUCGUAAGCAGAUGAAUAUAUUAUUACUCCAACCUCAUAAGAGUGACAAACGGAGACGUUUUCAUUUUCGUCAAAAACAACUUUAUUUCCAAGGGGUGCCUUUGAUUGGACGACCUGCACAUGCGCAGUUCGUCGAGAGACGACUUGUUAGACCCGAUGACGUGUUUCUACGCAUGCGCUAAAUUAGCCAAUUUCGCUAUGGAAAUUGCCUACUCGUGUGAUCGGGGACUGGAUAAGCAGUUUUCAUACUGUACUGACUUUGAUGUAAAUGCAAUUAGAACUACAGUGCCUGUGCAUUUGUCAGGAGUGGAACUGCUAUUGACUACGACAAUGUAGCACUAGGGGGCGCUGUUUGGGCGUACAAUAUUUUUCCUAGAGAUUUCCAGUGGGAGUGUUCUUAUGUCAACCCCUCUCCCGCCUGAUACCGACGGAUUUCUCCCUAUUCAAUUCGGAUAGUGUGUAGCUAGUAGUAGUAAGAAGGUUACGUUCAUGGUUUUUAACUUAAAAUCUUCAAAACAUCGCCCGUGAAAACGGCAGGCAUCGGUACCGGUUUUAUUCUGCGAAUAAAUCACUGCAAGCUCGCGGAGGUUCCUUUGCACAGGUGAAACCAUUUUCCGCAUUGGUGGAGGAUUGCAUUGGGAUAUCAUCAGCUGAACGGGUCGAUUGAUAUUGGUGUGACUGACCCGGUCAGGUGCCUACUGCCCUGAGAGGCUCUCUGGAUCUCUACCUCUCAGGCUGCGUCCCCCAUCCCCACCUACCCAGGCCUGCGCUACAGUACACCCUCCCCCACCCCACCGUGGGACUUUGGAGCAUCAUCCUAGCCUGGAACACGUUAAGACUGCUAAGUGAUGAGCGAGUUCUGGUUGUGUUUCAACUGCUGUAUUGCAGAGCAGCCCCAGCCGAAGCGGCGGAGGCGUAUCGACAGGAGUAUGAUCGGGGAGCCCACUAAUUUUGUCCACACAUCCCACGUGGGAUCGGGAGACAUCUUCAGUGGCAUGAACUCGGUGAACUCCAUUCAAAACCAAAUGCAGUCAAAAGGUGGAUACGGCGAAGAGGCCAUGCCUGUGAAUGUGCAGCUGCAACUGGUGGACACAAAAGCAGGAUAACAUGGAGGGGCAGCUUCACGGUUCCUUCAUGUUGAUGUUUUUCAUCCUGGUCUCCAUGCCUUCAGUGACUGCUUCCCUCAUCCUCCCUCCCCAAUAUUGGACUAGGGGAUGAUGUUCGCCUCCUGUCCUCCCGCUCUGUCUGUCCUCCUUUGCUCCUCCCAAUGAGCCCACUAUCGACCCCCCCUCCUUCUCUCCGCCUCAGCCCUCUCAACUCUCCUCGCGCCACAAAUACAUGGACAGUUUUUGUCACGCCAUUGGAAUGAGGCUGCUCCCCCCCCUCUGCCUGUCUGCCCAUCUCCCACGGAGGACGACAGUCAAAAGGACAGCAGCGCUUCAGUUUUAGUGUACCUCACCCCUCCAACUUAAGCCAGACGCAAGAAGCAUGAUCCUCAUCUCUACAAGUUCAAAGUGUAACACGCUUCUUCUCUUGAAAUUAGAAUUUUUUGAUGUGAGUUUUUUUUUGGGGGGGGGGGGCUGUGGGGUUUUGUCAAUUCAGUGUUUAAAGGUCUGGAACCUACAAGUACAAAAUGUAGAUUUUUGUUUUAUUUUUUAUUAUUAACAUAUUUCUUUUUAUAUAUAUUUUUGUCUGGUUUGGAGGUCAGAAUGGUGGGUGACCACGUUUGUGAAAAGUGGCUUGCUGUGGCCCUUGGGUGCCAAACUGUCUGUAGAGCAUAUGGAAUGAUAUUUUUUCUGCUGACAAGAAGUACAUUUUUUUUUUUUUUUUUUUUUGACUGCCUCAAGUGAAUUCCACUCCAAUAGGAAAUGUGAUUGUUACUUCGCUGUUGUUUACAUCGUUCCAGUUCCCAUUCCUUGUCUUUAUUUUCAUGAUAAUUGUUCAAUAGAACAAUAACUGAUGUUGAAAUGGCAUGAACUGGCAUUUCACUCGACAUUCUACUGUAAAUGUUUUGGUAAACUUGAUUUCAAUAAGCCUGGGCUAUAUGAGUAUAUGCUGUGCAGUAAAAUGUAAAGACCUUUAGCUAUGUGGUACAGUGCUGGCUACUGGUGUUACAGUGCUGGCUACUGGUGUUACAGUGCUGGCGACUGGUGUUACAGUGCUGGCGACUGGUGUUACAGUGCUGGCGACUGGUGGUACAGUGCUGGCGACUGGUGGUACAGUGCUGGCUACUGGUGGUACAGUGCUGGCUACUGGUGGUACAGUGCUGGCUACUGGUGGUACAGCGCUGGCUACUGGUGGUACAGCGCUGGCUACUGGUGGUACAGCGCUGGCUACUGGUGGUACAGCGCUGGCUACUGGUGGUACAGCGCUGGCUACUGGUGGUUAAGGACAAGGUACUGGUGGUUAAGGACAAGGUACUGGUGGUUAAUGACUAGGUACUAAUUGGGUAACAGAAUCUAUAAAGCAUUCAAUGUUGCAAUCUGGCAUCGAGGCGAACCCAAACUCAAAGUUGUCUGUAAAAGCUUGACCAUGUGGCCGAGGUCAUGAACUCAUGCACAUUCUAAGAGUAAAGAACAACUUAUCAAAGAAAAUGUUAUCUUUUGUCUAUGAAAUGACUUGGGGUCAUUGAAGAUGCCUAGACAACUCCAAUGUUUGUGCAAAACAAAGGACAGUAUGAUUACCAUUGACACACAGGUUGACAUCCUACUGUUUAGCUCCAAGACAUUUUGUUCAGGUUCAGAGGCAUAUUUUCCAUUAUUUUAAACAUGACGCAUGUAUGAUAUUGCACUGGUGUUGUAAAUGUUUGGGGUAGGAUAUGGUGUGGUCUAAUAUAGGGUGUAGUCUAUGGUUUGGGGUAGGAUAUGGUGUGGUCUAAUAUAGGGUGUAGUCUAUGGUUUGGGGUAGGAUAUAUGGUGUAAUCUAUGGUUUGGGGUAGGAUAUAUGGUGUAGUCUAUGGUUUAGGGUAGGAUGGGGUGUGGUCUAAUAUAGGGUGUAGUCUGGUUUGGGGUAGGAUAUAUGGUGUAGUCUAUGGGUUGGGGUAGGAUAGGGUGUAGUCUCUAUGGUUUGGGGUAGGAUAGGGUGUAGUCGCUAUGGGUUAGAGUAGGCUAGGGUGUAGUUUGUAUGGGUUAAGGGAAAAUAGGAUGUAGUCUCUGUGGUUUAGCAUAGGAUAGGGUAUAGUCUCUAUGGGUUAGGGUAGGCUAGGGUGUAAUCUCUAUGGGUUAGGGUAGGCUAGGGUGUAGUCUAUAUGGAUUAGGGUAGGCUAGGGUGUAGUUUGUAUGGGUUAGGGUAGAAUAGGAUGUAGUCUGUGGUGUAGCAUAGGAUAGAUAGGGUGUAACUCUCUCAUUGAGUUAGGGUAGGCUAGGGUGUAAUCUCUAUGGGUAAGGGUAGGCUAGGGUGUAGUCUGUGGGUUAGGUGUAGGAUAGGGUGUAGUCUGUAUGGGUAGGAUAGGGUGUAGUCUGUAUGGGUUAGGGCAGGCUAGGGUGUAGUUUUGUAUGGGUUAGGGUAAAAUAGGAUGUGGUUUAGCAUAGGAUAGGGUGUGGUCUCUAUGGGUUAGGGUAGGCUAGAGUGUAGUUUAUGGAUUUAGGUAGAAUAGGGGGUAGUCUAUGGGUAGGAUAGGGUGUAGUUUAUGGAUUAGGGUAGGAUAUUUUAAGAAUUUUAACGAGCUGUAGAAAAUAUUCAAAAUCGAAAAUGAAGUCUUCAAAAAGUCCUUUAAUUUAUCAAAUUAAUAAUUUGUUUUCAAUUGAUGCCUCUGUCAUGGUUGAAAAUGUAAAUAAUGAAAUAGGGGUUUGGUUCACUUAUUUGGAUUCAAACUAAUACCAGUAUUGAUGAGGAAAGAAGAGUCACUGGGCCUCGAACUCAUCUGAUAAAAGUAUCACACUGAUUGUCGGUCCUUCCCUCAAGUGCUUUGUUUGUAUAUACCAUAUUCCUUGUGUGCCACAACCUACCUGAGGUAUUCUAAUUUAUUGUUUGUCUUUUGUAACUUUUUUUGUACUCUAGUUUCUUUCAGAUUGAUUGGAAUGUUCAACCCCCCCCCCAAAAAAAUCACCAUCUGAUAAAUAAUUGUGGUAAUAUUUAUUCACCAUUAUUAGAAAUGUACUGGACUUGGGGGGAGAGAGAGGAGGGGAGGGGG